UUCGGUUUUCACUACCAAGGUCCGCAGUUCGAGAAGAAGCUUGCCGACGAACGCAAUCCCGUUGCGGCCAUCGGUCCCGGAAACGGAACGCGCGGUCCGCGUCGCGUGUUAUUUCGGUGACGAAAAAUUCAUAUUUACCCACCGUGUACAAACGCCCAACGUACAAAGAAUCUUGGAUAUUAAGAACAUUAAGAAACGAGAAACUGGGCAGUUCGAAGAGGGAAAACGUGCGAGUAAUGCGCGAGUGAAUAUCGAAGAUGGGCAAACUGCAAGUUUCUUUGGUGAUAAUCGGAAUAAUCUGCGCGUGCACUUGCGGUGGACGCACAGAAUGUGGUAAUCACGCUCAGGUAUCGUUACUGACCACCAUCCACGAUGAUCCAGCCUGCAAGAAGGUGUCUGCGAGAGGCGUUCUUCUAUACGAAGCCGCGAAAUUAAUCACGGAAGUAUACAACAAUAAGUCAGCCGGCUAUGAUAUCGAGCUGGCCGUGGUGGAUACGUGCGGCAGCAUAUCCGGUGCUCUGAAAGCGAGCAUGAAGGCUCUCGUCGGGGCGGACACCAACUGCUUGCAACCACCGUACUACUUGGGAAUCAUUGGCCCGGACACAUCGACAAAUGCGGAAGCCGUACAUAAGAUAACGUCAGUAUUGAAAGUGCCACAUAUCGUUAGGCGACAAUCAACCUCCCCGUACCUUCACUAUCUCGCCAAGGAAUCCGAUUCUUAUCUGAUUCAGGGCACGUUAAAGGUCAUAGAGGAAAUGAAGUGGAAAUCGUUCUCGCUGGUGGUAGACGGCGACGAAGACGGCGACGACGAUACUCAAAACAUCGCCAAAAAGCUCACGAUGGCUGCUAUCCAGAAGGGUCUCUGCGUUCUCAUCUACGAUGGCGAUGACGACGAUUUAACGUCGCACAUCGUGCAUAUUGGCAUACCGGAAGACGGAUUCUUCUCGAAAUUCACAAACGCGACUGUUCUAGUCGUAAGCGAGGGACGGAUUGAGGAGCACCUGAAUCACGUAGACUCUACGAACACCAUACUUCUCUUAGAAGACUCCAGGAACGAUUUCGCGGGGCUGGAAGCGCGAGUAGAGAAGUCGAAAUGGUGGGGCAGCAAGGACGGCGGAAAGUUCGACGCCGAAGAGUUAACGGAAGUGAGAUGGCUCGAGGACGCGAUACAAGUGUACACGAAAGCAUUGGAAACACUAUGUAAGAAGAAAAAGUGCAAGAACCUGGUAAACCCCGUUGAUUGGAACAACGUUUUGUCUAACGUGAUCGCGGAUCACAUGAAGGAGUCGCAAAGCAGCGCGACGUCGCUCGAAUUAUCUAUGAAAGUGAAGGCGGCGGAAUUGCAGACUCUAGCAUCGAUCAGCGUGCACAAGAACAAGAUCAAGUUACGCUGGGGCGACGAGGACGACGAUGAUGAUAAGGAUGACGACGAUAAGGACGAUGACGAUGAUGACGAGGACGACGACGACGACGACGACGACGACAAGAAGGACAAGAAUGAGAUGCCGAAAGCUUUCAAGAAGUUGAUCACCAAAGAAAAGGGAACCAAAACCGGCUGCGCUACCACCCCUAAAGAAAUCAAACUACUACAUGAGGACGACGACGAAGCUGCCCAGGUCCUCGUCUCCGAAAUGGACAACACCGAAUGGUGGACCAUGGUGGCGACGGUCAGCGGAGUGGGAGUGGCCAUGUUCGUGGUCGGGAUUCUGGCCGUUUACGUGGUGUAUACGAACAUCAGAGGACCCGUGCAACCGAAGAAUGCUCGCAUCGAGAGGGACACUAGUUUGAGGAGAAUGGGCAGCGACAGGGAGACACCGGUCCGAACUCCUAGGAUCCCCCGUACUGUGCAGAGGAGAGAUAGCAAUAGGAGCAUCCGAAGUACCAUCUCCGAAAAGAGCGUCUGAUCGGCCGACCAUUAAACCAGAUAAUUUCAAAUUCAUUCGGAUCGAUCAUUUUCUAUACCUAUUGACUCGCGAUUCCGGAAGUUCGAACCGAUCCGAAUCGAUUCGAUCCCACGUUCUGCAUACUACGUGCGCAUAUUCAUCUAGUAGCUUUGGCAUCGAUCCAGCUCGGUUCAGCUACCUACCUCGUACUCGAUUCGUGCCUUUUGCGUCACCAGUUUCAUGGAAACCUCCGACGAAUCGGUAAAAGAUCGCGCAGCCAUCAGAAAAAUGUCAACGAGCACGCGGUUUCCUUAUCAUCGCAAUGCGUCGCGUCGUUUCGAAAGAUGCAUCUCUGUACAUAAGUAACUACUUAUCGUUUAAUUUCCUCCAGCUUCGAGUCAAGUCGCGAUUGCGACGAUCGUGUGUUGCAACGAGUCGCGUCGUCGAGUUGCCGGAAAAUUACUAAUGCAAUUUUUCCUACAGAAGAAAAAAAAAAAAAACUGAAUGUAAUUUGUACCGUCGGAUGUAUGAAUAUCGUCGUAUGAGUAUGUAAAAAAUGCUUACACCACGAGAUCAUUGUACGUGCGUCUGUCAUGAUUAUUUAGUACCCAAUAAAUUUAAUAGCCUAUUCAAAUCA